AUGGAUUCAUCCCUCCCCGAGUCCUUUUACACCAGCCGGGAGUCGGACCCCACAGGUUUGGAUUUCCACUCUGCUGGCCGAGAUUCUCUCUACGCUGGCCACCAGUUCAACUUUCUGUACCAGGAACUGGACCUGGACUCUCUUCAUGAAGAUCUUUCCCAGUCUAUGCCGGGCACCACGACAGAGACUUCAGCGAGCGCCCCUGAAUCCUGCCAGACUGCGGAAGCAGAGGAUCUCCCAGGGGCUGCACGAAAGGAGCUCAAAUCCGAGCUCACUAAAUUGGAGGAGGAAAUUGUAACCCUACGCCACACUCUGGCAGCCAAAGAAAGGCGUUGCACAGAGCUCCAAAGGAAGCUGGACCUCGUAGCCUUGGUGCCACUAAGGCAGAAUCCGUCCAAGAGCUGGCACAACGUUCAAGUGUCCGAUGUUUACAUGAAACAAAAGACGCCAGCUGCCCUGUCCACCAUGGGCUCUGCCGUUUGCAGGAAGCUUGGGGACAUGAAGAAGUCAGCCACAUUCAGAUCCUUUGAAGGUCUGAUGGGAGCGAUCAAAUCCAGAGUUGCUGGUGGAAGAGAGCUCGGCAGUGACUGCCUGCCUUCUUCAGCUGGGAGUGGGGACGAUCUCCUGGCUUCAGGCAGUAGGGAUGACCCACUCCCACUUUCCCGGAGUGGGAAUGACCCAAUCCAAUGA